AUGCUUAAAAACUCAAUCGGUCUGUUUUUAGUCCUACUCAAAUUUAUGCAGUUGUGUGGAGCCGACGAUGAAGGUUUGAGCCUCUUGGAAGCGCCACUGAACGAUCCACCCCAUCGCAAUCUGCAACACUUACUCACCACACUUCUUGGGGCAGCACGUAUUGAGCGUUGUUUCGUCAUCAUCACCGACAACACGUAUCAAGCGCUUUAUGACUCUUCAUUCUUCCGCAACCAACGCACGCCCGGCGCCUACUUUUUCAUAAAAGUACUGCCGACGGAGGAUCUAUUGGCGCCCAACUAUCAGACUGUGCGCGUAUUGAAGAAAAUACGUGCACAAAAUUGUGAGUUUGUGUUUGUGACGCUGCUGAAUGGUCUGCAGGUGAAACGGUUUUUACGUUUCGUGGAGAAGAAUCGUUUACUCAACUUACAACAACGUUAUGUGUUGCUGCAGGACACACGUCUUUUGGUGGCCGACAUGUGGUAUAUAUGGAGUAAUAUGAUAUCAACGUUAUUCGUUAAGCCGGUUAAGAAUCAACGAUACCUCCUAAGCACGAUUGCCUAUCCAGAAGUGUUGAAUGGUCUCGUCGUCACUAAACGACUGAUGUUCUGGGAGCGAGGCAAGCGCAUAAAGAUAAAUAGACUCUAUGAGGAUAGAACGUCGAAUUUAAAAGGCUUCGCACUGCCUGUCGUGGUCUUCGAACAUGUACCCAUGGUUAGACGUGGCGCAGAUAAUGUCAGUUUUGUUGGCCUAGAGGUGGAGAUUAUCAAAGCGCUUGGGGUUAAACUAAACUUUAAGGCGAGUUUUUAUGAAACCAGCGAUGCGGCCUCCGCACAUUGGGGCAAGGAGUUGCCGAAUGGCAGUUACUCGGGUGUACUCGGCGAUAUGGCUAAUCGCAAUGCGCGCAUCGCUAUUGGUAAUCUACACACGUAUAAACUUUAUACCUCGGUUAUGGAUCUCUCUUGGCCGCAUAGUUUCGAGUGUUUGACAUUUCUGACGCCAGAGUCCUCACAAGACGAUAGUUGGCGUACGCUAAUACAGCCGUUUAGUGGCACCAUGUGGGCAAGCGUAGUUUUGUCACUCUUCAUCGUGGGCACAGUUUUCUAUAUGAUCUCGUGUCUACACGCCAUCCUGCUACAACGUCGAUCACGCCGUACCCACCACGUUUUGAAUUGGUCCGAGUGGCGCAGUAAGGGACUCUUUCGUCCACCACCACGCAGUUUCGAUACAAAACUCUAUCGUGAUGUGAACUUUCGACGUUAUUUGAGUCAAUUGAAGUCGCUGCCACGAAAGCGUACUGAUCUCUUCGAUGAAUACGCCAAUUGUUUGCUCUUCACCUACAGCAUGUUGAUGUAUGUUUCAUUGCCACGUCUGCCACGCACUUGGAGUCUACGAGUGCUCACCGGCUGGUAUUGGCUUUACUGUAUUUUGCUUACAGUUAUUUAUAGAGCCAGUCUAACGGCAAUUUUGGCUAAUCCGGCGGCGCGUAUUACCAUUGAUACACUCGAGGAACUAUCCCAAAGUUAUGUCACCAGCACCGCUUGGGUGCAUGAGAAUAAGCAAUUCUUUGUGGAGGCCUUCGAUGAGAUUGCACAGGAGAUUGGUGGCAAAAUGGAGAUAGUGGAUAAUAUCGAAAGUCGCAUAACCAAAGGUGAAUACGCCUAUUUCGAUAACGAAUAUUUCUUACGUUAUCUGCGCAUGAAGAGCGCUCAACGUCGCGAGGAGCAACAAUUCACUGAAGUGGUUCUGCAUAUUAUGCGUCAAUGUGUCAUACAGAUGCCGGUGGCAUUGGGACUGGAAAAGAAUUCACCACUACAACCGAAUGUGAAUAAAUAUUUGAGGCGGCUCGGGGAAGGAGGACUCAUCGCGAAAUGGUUAAAAGAUGCCGUCGCCGAGCUACCCGCCGAAGAGCGUACACCUCAAGAGGCUGUAAUGGAUUUACCAAAAAUAUGGAGCUCAUUUGUCGCACUUGGUAUUGGUUAUUUUCUGGGUAUUUGCGCCAUAGCUGCCGAGUGGUUGCACUAUGAGCGCGUGGUGCGCAAACAUCCACUCUACGAUAAAUAUAAUAAAAAUUUAUAUUAUAAUUUUAAACGCAAAUUUUCCAAUUACUAG